CAUCACAUCCUGCUUAACCUCUUCAUCACAAUCCAUUUGCUCUGAAAGUGUGAAAAAGGGAAGUUUCUUAAGGGUAAAAGUUGUAAGAAGGAUGAACUAGUGAGGUAACAGGAAAAGGAAGCUUCACUUUUGAGGCAGAGGGUACACGCUGCGAUCAGAUUACACCGACUGUCCAGAGGCCCGUCGCCAUGGAUGAACUCGAUGAGCUGCUCCAGGAGCUGGGCCUGAGCAUAACGAAAAACAGCACCCCCCCUACAUCAGGUCCCCCCCAAAGCCUCGCCCUCAACAUCUCGCACAGGGACGAGCCGGGAAACGUGUCAUCACAGAUUCAGACCUCUGGCACUGAAUCAGGGCAGAAGGAUUCUGAAGAUGUGUACAGUCAGCUGCCUGCUCCAGUGGAGGCUGGUUUUAUGAGUCCAGGAACAGCGACACGGGAGCUGGACUCCAUUAUGAAUGAGCUCCUGGGUCUGGGUCUUGAGCUCCCAGACCAGACACAGUCGACACACCAGCCACAAGUUACCCAAAACUCAAACAAGGAUGCAACAAAGCCAGAAGGGAAUAAAAAACCUUCUGGAGGAGACCAAGCAGCAGAAAACAUUGCUGUAAGCAAAGAGCAGGACGUUCCGGCAGGAAAGAACAUGGAUGCUAUCGACAGCCUGCUGGGAACACUCAGCUCGGACAUGGAGAAGAUGGGGGUCCGCACGGAGGCCAAAGGGCACUGUGCCUCGUGUGGAAAGUGCAUCGCUGGGAAGAUGAUCACAGCUCUGGGGAAGGUCUGGCACCCAGAGCACUUUGUGUGUGUGGUGUGUAAGGAGGAACUGGGCUCUGGAGGUUUCUUUGAGAGGGACGGAAAACAGUACUGCGAGGCGGACUACCAGAGCCUCUUCUCCCCACGCUGCGCCUACUGCCAGGGGCCCAUUCUACAGAACAUCUUGACGGCGAUGGACCGCACAUGGCACCCAGAACAUUUCUUCUGUACCCACUGUGGGGAACUGUUUGGAGCAGAGGGUUUUAUGGAGCGUGAAGGGAAGCCAUACUGCCCUAAGGAUUUCUACCGCCUCUUUGCUCCGAAGUGCUCCGGCUGUGGCGAAUCUCUGCAGGAUAAUUACCUGUCUGCUGCCAACGGUACCUGGCACCCAAACUGCUUCGUCUGUGCGGACUGUCUGAAGCCCUUCACAGAUGGCUGUUUCCUGGAGCUGGAUGGACGUCCUCUCUGCUCAUUGCAUUUCCAUACUCGGCAGGGCAUGCUGUGUGGCACAUGCAGCACUCCCAUCUUGGGCCGCUGCAUCGCUGCUCUCGACCGCAAGUUCCACCCCGAGCACUUUGUCUGCGCCUUCUGUCUGAAGCAGCUCAGUCAGGGAGUGUUUAAGGAACAGGGCGGCAAACCCUACUGCGCCGUCUGUCACAACAAACUAUUCCUGUGAGCCAACACCCACUGACCCCACAGCCCACACACCCCAACACCCAGUGACCCCAGAAAUAAUGGAAGAGACAACCCUUAUGUAGAAUCCGGAAACAGGGAAUACACAUUAAUAAUGUAACAUAAAAUAAACUUUACAUAU